CUCUCACAGGACGUGUAUCUAUAUAUAUGUGUGUGUGUGUGUGUGUGUGUGUAUAUGAGAGAGAGAGAGAGAGAGAGAGAGAGAGAGAGAGAGAGAGAGAGAGAGAGAGAGAAAGGGGGGUGUUUGUAGUUUCUUCAUUUCUUUCUCUGCUGCUGCUCACAAACUGCCCUCUGGUUUUAUUUCUUCCAUCGGAUACUCACACACACACACACACCUAUAUCUAUUCCUCCUUCACUCGUUCUCGGAAGUUAAAAAAAGAAAGAAAGCUGUUGGUUUGUACUUGGAGGGACUUUUCUUUUGGAGGAACGACUCAAAAAAAGAAAGAAAGCAAGAAGAAGGAGAGAGACAGACAAACCUGGAGGAGGAAAAGGGCGUUCAUACUUCGAAGUAACCAUGGAAGUUCCUGGUAUGCAGAGUACUCAGAUCGAUCCGGAGGAGUUGUUCACCAAAUUGGAUCGCAUUGGAAAGGGAUCUUUUGGAGAGGUGUUCAAAGGUAUCGAUAACCGCACUCAGAGCGUCGUAGCCAUUAAGACCAUCGACCUGGAGGAGGCUGAGGACGAGAUCGAGGACAUCCAGCAGGAGAUCACGGUUCUCAGUCAGUGCGACAGUCCGUACAUCACCAAGUACUACGGCUCCUAUCUGAAGGGCAGUAAACUAUGGAUCAUCAUGGAGUAUCUCGGCGGAGGUUCAGCGCUCGACUUGCUGCGGGCGGGUCCAUUUGAUGAGGCUCAGAUUGCCACCAUGCUGAAGGAGAUCCUGAAGGGCCUCGACUACCUGCACUCUGAGAAGAAGAUCCACAGAGACAUUAAAGCCGCCAACGUCCUGCUGUCGGAGCACGGUCAGGUGAAGCUGGCGGACUUCGGGGUGGCCGGUCAGCUGACGGACACGCAGAUCAAGAGGGAAACCUUCGUGGGAACGCCGUUCUGGAUGGCGCCAGAGGUCAUCCAGCAGUCGGCCUACGACUCCAAGGCCGACAUCUGGUCGCUGGGCAUCACGGCCAUCGAGCUCGCCAAAGGCGAACCUCCAAACUCGGACAUGCAUCCCAUGCGAGUGCUGUUCCACAUCCCAAAGUCUCCUCCUCCGACGCUGAGCGGAGAUUUCUCCAAGAGCUUCAAAGAGUUCACCGAGGCCUGCCUCAACAAGGACCCUACCUUUCGUCCUACAGCCAAAGAGCUCCUCAAACACAAGUUCAUCGUCAAACACUGUAAGAAGACGUCCUACCUCAGCGAGCUGAUCGACAGGUACAGGAGGUGGAGGGAGGAGGGCCACAGCGACAGCAGCUCUGACGACUCCGACAGUGAGUCCAGUAAUAAGGAGAACAGCGAGUCCCCAGAGUGGUCCUUCACCACCGUCCGUAAGAAGAAGACGGAGGGCAGGAAGGUGCUCAAUGGAACGGGUCAGGAUCAGCUGAGUAAAUCUGCCAGUCUCACCACGGUCAUCUCUCCCGUCUUCACUGAGUUGAAGCAGCAACACAAGGAGCACUCUGAGCAGCGAUUGGCUAUCGAGGAGCUCGAACGCAACAUCCGAUUGGCUGAAGAAGUCUGUCCAGGCAUCACAGACAGGAUGGUCACACACAUCAUUGCCAGGUACCAGAAAUUUACGACCAACUGAAGGACGGAUGGAUCACAGUAAAUAAUAAAAAUAAAUAAAUAAAAGGAAGUACGUUAUGUGAAGAGAGACUGUGUCUCCGUACGGUGACGCUGCUGGAUGAUCGGACACGGAGGAGAUUUGCUGUGCGAUGUCUCCUCGCUUGUACACACACACACACACACACACACACACACACACACUACUAAUGUAAUAUAUACACUAUAUAUAUAUAUAUAUAUAUAUAUAUAUAUAUUCACUGCUGCUGGUUGAAGGCCUUUUGUCUCCCAGAGUUAGCCCCAAAAAGCAGCUGCAUCCUUCGAUCAACUGGUCUUAGGUUCCGAAUAUACAAUCGAAGUUGUCUGUUAGAUUGGUGUUUUUUUUUUAGGGUCAUGAACUUCUUUUUUUUGUUUCUUUCUGACCACUUUGUAGUCAGACUUCAAACUUAAGUUCCUGAUUUUGCUUAAGUUAUGUUUUCCAAAUUACCAUCAUGUGCCUUAAUUAUUUAUGCUACAAGUCUUUUUUUUGUUUUUGUUUUUUGUUGCUAACCGCACACAGAAAGAUGUAAAAGAGGGUUCGCGUCCAUCAGCAGUGGUAUGUUUUGUGUCAUGACUUGCCUUGACUUUGUAGAUGUCUAUAUAUUUGUUCAGUAGCACUUGAGACAGAUCAUAUGCCAAUAUUACAUUAUUUGUUGUUGUUGUCUUCAGUAAUGCUUUAAAUUGCAGUUCCCUGAUCCCAGGAUUCAGUCAAGGUCAGCUCUCAAAACACAUCCAAUGUUCAGUUUAGCUGAUAAAUGCUGUUAAAUCAUCUAAAAUCUAAGUUUCCCCAGUGAAAACCUGUUUAAAAUAAAGUUUUUACUAACAAGUAAACUAGCUAGCUAUUUGUUGUUGUAGCUGUUUCUAACAUUGCUAGCUAAAUUUAAAUACUAAAUAUGUGUAAAUCCUCAAGUUAAUUAAUCUAUUUAAAUAUAUAUAUAUAUAUAUAAGUUAUAACCUAAAUGUUUAAAAUGGCUUCUGUUUGAAUGAAUCAGUGCUGUUACUUGUUUUUGCUAACGUUCCUCAACCGUUAGGAUCAAAAUUUGGUCGAAAAAUUGGUGGAAAUGGAGAAUUUUUCAUUGGUUUGUAGGUACGUAACUCGACUGUUGGUUAAGGUUUUAUUCUGGGAUUAAUUUAAUGGGAUCUGUGUAGUUCUGUUUGCAAUAAAAUAAAAAAUUAAACAUUUCCAGAAUCUGCAAGCAAGGCACAAUUAUAGCACAAAGGUCGUCCACUCGCUCACGAAAAGACUGUGUCCUUCGUCGCAUCGUUCGUAUGCAUGAAGUUUUGGGAAAACAUUGUUGGGGACUGUCAACUUGUGUCUGAGAGUUGAUUCUUAAUGUAAUGCUCGAUGUGUAAAGGACGUUGUUUUUAAAAACCCAGCGUUGAAAAGCAGCACGGGUUCCUUUUCGAGAGCACGAUGGGGAGCUGUAAUCUAAGGUAUUACUGAUAGUUUGUACCAAAGACACUAUAAAACUUGGUCAUUGUAUAUUUUUGUCUUUUUAUAUAUCAUAAGGGAUACAACUGCUUGUUGAGGGGGGGGGGGGGGAUGUAAAAUGAAAGAUGUAAGAUUUUACUGAAAUGUACUCUUUUUUUUGUAGCGGGACUUAGAGUUUUAUGAAUAAAUAUUUAAGUUUGAUUGAGAAUCA